AUGGACACCUCCCAAGCUUCUACUAACAAUUCGGAAGCGCAAAAACUGAUCUGGGACAUAACGACGAAUCGCCGACAUCCGGUCUGUCAAUUCUUCGACUGUUACGAUGGAUACCGCAAAGAUUGUAUAAAUAGAGUGGCCGGACGGGUGGCUUGCAAAAGAUGUGCUUGGGAAAAAACGGCGCAAAAGGCACAGCCUUCGACGGAUGUCAUGGCUAAACAUUUAGCAGAAUGUCAUCGAAAGAAACAUCGCGAGUUUCUACAGCGCAUGAAAACGUGGAAAAAAGUGGACAAUAAGAAAAGAAUUAACCCGUUAUUCAGCGGCGCUGCUCACAGCGAUGUUCCGGAGAUCCAGGCGGUUCCAGAGAAACAACCGCCUCAGAUGAACCUCGCCGCGCUUGACCUAUACCUGGGAAAACCUGCAGCAACGCCAAAUUUGACGCAGGACUCGAUGGGACCGGAAAUGCAGAGCGAAAAUAUUCCGGACAGGACAGCCUCAUCUGGCCUGCCAUUCAGCAGAAUCGGAACCGCUGUUCCACACCGGAAAUUCAGCCAACGGAAAUCGAGGACGGCCAGCGCAUCAUUUUCGAGCAGUACCGUUCGACCCGCUGCCGUCGGGGUUGCUCUUCAGGCGAGGACCCGAGCUUCGAAUGCACGCGCUCGGAAAGACCUCCAGAGUACAAGCCUCGCAAAGAAAAACAAGAGCUUUGCAAACGCUCUUAUGAAGCUCAAUCUCAGCACUGUUUACUUCGUCCGGAUG